CCCUACAUGCGGAUUAUUUGUGACAUCUUCCCAGAAGUUGGGACAUCAGGACGCACUGCUCAUCAUUUGCAUUUACACUCAAACCUUUUCUGUCUUAUAUGUUGUGUACAACAGUUGAGGAGUUUUCUUUUAUGGCUACAAAACGGAAAAGUUUGAAUAGCGCUAGAAUGGAUAUUUGCUUCCACAAUUUGGCACCUGCACAUUAAAACCUGAUGUAACAGAAGACAAUGAGGAAGAAAGGAAUCCAUUUUCAAGUUUCAGACUGAUUAUGCCAUUUAUCUGACCGGAUGGCACGGAUAAGGCGACGUCCAUCAAGAGAAAGGGCACCUUAAAAGUCAAACAUCUAAUAAAAUAAAAUAUGAGAAAAAGUGUUUAAAAGUUAUGGAGCCGGUGAACACCACAAACGACAGUUUUAUUACAGAUUCAUCCACUGUGGAUGUCAGCGCAGAGAGUCUCGCCUAUCAGAUCAGCCUGGCGGUGAUUCUCUCCGUUUUCACACUCGCCACCACUUUAUCCAACGCGUUCGUCAUCGCAACAAUCUCUCAGUCGAAGAAAUUGCAAACUCCUGCGAACUUUUUGAUCGCCUCUCUGGCCAUCACUGACCUGCUGGUGUCAAUUCUGGUGAUGCCCAUCUGCGUCCUGUACACGGUCAUCCACACCUGGACGCUGGGGCAAAUCGUGUGCGACAUCUGGCUCUCCUCGGACAUAACGUGUUGCACGGCAUCUAUCCUCCACCUGUGCGUAAUCGCUUUGGAUAGAUACUGGGCCAUCACGGACGCAGUGGAGUACUCCAAAAAGCGCACUCCGGGGCGCGCGGCCGGGAUGGUGGCCACAGCCUGGGUCAUCGCCAUCUCCAUCUCCCUGCCACCUCUCUUCUGGAGGCAGGUAAAGGCGGAGGAGCUGACCAGCUGCAGCGUCAACACGGAUCAUAUUUUCUACACCAUCUACUCCACCUUUGGGGCUUUCUACAUCCCCACCUUGCUGCUUAUUGUUCUAUACGGACGGAUAUACGUCGAGGCCCGAAAACGGAUCCUGAAGCAGUCCCCCAAGAAGGUGGGGAAGAGACUCACAUCGGCGCACCUGGUCACCAACUCCCCUGGAUCCGUUGCGUCCCUGCAGGGCGGGAGACACGACACCCAGUCCAGCGACACCGGGUCUUCAACAAGCGAGAACCAGGUGAAAGUUACUGUGUCGGACGCGCUUUUGGAGAAAAAGCGUAUUUCAGCAGCCAGAGAGAGAAAAGCGACAAAGACUUUGGGGAUAAUCCUCGGCGCUUAUAUCGUUUGCUGGCUGCCGUUUUUCAUUUACACAUUGGUGGUGGCCACUUGUGAGACAUGUUUUAACCCCGAGUUAUUUGACUUUUUCACCUGGUUGGGAUAUCUGAACUCCCUCAUCAACCCGAUCAUAUACACAAUGUCCAAUGAGGACUUCAAGAAAGCUUUCCAUAAACUUGUGCGCUUCAGAUGCUUCAGGUCGUGAACGAAUGUUCCUUCAGUCUCCAAUAAGAUUUAUUUAUGCAUUUAUUUUUGGAUAUGAAGUUCUAAAAAUAUAUGAGAUUAAAUAACAAUAAGAAUGUCAUGAACAAUAUAGUUUCUGGGACGUGUAGACACUAUAAGAUGCGCAUGCAAAAGAUAAAAAAAACAGUAUGGAGAUUUAAAAUGCCAAAAUGUUUUAAAAUUUUUAAUGGACAAAUGAAGAAAACGUGGAGUACACUUGUUCCAUAUAAUUCCAAUGGAUGCAAAGCUCAAUCCCAAGCAAUGCGAAUUAUUUAAAAAGCUUGUUUUAAUAAUAAUUAUAGAAAACAAGAUAUCAUUUUCGAUUGACGUUGUUGGAGAAACCCAACUUUACGCACCUCACAAAAUCACCUAAACAUGUCAUAUAAGCUCCUAUUGAUGAUAACAUGUGCUAUGUUGUAGGAUAAAACAGUAAUGGGUUGUUAGUAUUCUGUAUUCCUGUUCGGAGUAUUACAGUAAAGCAAUGCACAGUGUGUUUUCCCAUGCGACGACUGACCCAUUAAUGCGAUGGAGCAGCAGAGAUCAUAACACCUGACCUGAUAAGUAAAUUAAAAAAAAUAGAAAAGGCAGCCAGGAUCCUUUUUGCAUUCUGUGUACAAAUAUGGUAGUUUUACUUUUAAAACUACAUCGACAAUAUUCUGAGGAGUCAUAUAUAUUUGUAUUAUGGUCAUGGACUGCUUGCUGCUACCCUGUGGUUGUCUUUUGUUUUUUUUAGAAAGGCACACUGAUGCAGUUGAAAUGAAAGGAUACAAGAUUAUUAUCAGUGUCAAACAAAGAAACUGUAGCUACUAUUUACACAGCAGAGCAGAAAGCUGAUCAGUUUAAUUUUGCUGAUCAAACACCACCUUGUUUUACUGUGUGUGGGUCUGUUGCCACAUUACAUCUGUAUCUACAGUAUGCUGUGUUCAUGUGUGAAAAGGUUUGCCAUCUCAUGGUUAUAGAGAGUGAUUUAAAUUUGUAGAGCGUGGCCUGCGGAGCUAUAAAAAUAAUACUGAGGAUUUGUCAGCAUUAUGUGAAAUAAAGGUAUGUAUCAGAGAGGAUGUGCAAUAAAGGCUUUAAAGUAUUUGUUUGGCACAAUUGUUCUACGAGUGGGAGUUUCAAUGCAGUUUAAAUCAAGACUUAGCAUUAAAAUCAUUAAUUUUAUUAUUGUUGGCAUGUUGAAAGCAGCACAGAUAUUCAGACAGACACCUUGUCGCUUUGUUGUUUGUGUUACCUUGAAAUUAAAUGAGAGGUUAGAGU